AUGCAUCACAGAGAGAGAGAGAGAGAGAUGGUUGAACUAAAUCUGAUGGUGUGGCGAGGUUUGAAGGAGGAACAAAGAAGUUGCAUUUCUAAUCAAAAUAGCUUGGGUUUGAGUAGUAGUGCAAGAAAGAGGGAAUUGGUUUGCGUGACAAGUGGGAAUUCUUACCUGGCUUCCCACAUUGUGAAGGAGCUCUUGGCUCAUGCCUACCCAGUUCGUGUCACUAUCCAAUACCAAGUGGAUUUUGAUGACAUGAGAGAGCUGAUGAGAGAUGAAGAGAUAAAUCAACUAGAAAGUGUUGUGGUAGCAAACAUGGGAGACGUGGACAGUCUCAGUGAUGCUUUUAGAGGUUGUCAUGCUGUUUUUCACACCUCCUCUUUCGUUGAUCCGCAUGGGAUCUCUGGUUAUUCAGAAUGGAUGGCAGUUGUUGAGGCUGAAGGGGCAAAGAAUGUCAUUGAAGCUUGUGGUAGAGCAGCAUAUACAAAGAGAUGUAUCUUCACCUCUUCUCUUCUUGCCUCUAUCUGGAGAGGCGACAAUGUAGACAGGGUUGUUGAUGAGACUGGUUGGAGUGAUGAAAAUUUCUGCAGGGAAAACAGGCUUUGGCUCGCCUUGGGCAAGACGAUGGCAGAGAAGGCUGCCUGGAGCAAGUCUAAAGAAAUGGACGUGGAGCUUGUUACAGUGUGCCCUGGAUUACUUAUGGCCCCCUCUUUCCCAAAUGCUCACAGAGAAACCUCUGUACCGUACCUUAAAGGUGGCCAGAUCAUGCUACGACGAGGCGUCCUUGCUACUGUAGAUGUGAAGAAGGUGGCAGUGGCGCAUGUCCAGGUUCACCAAGCAAUGGAGGAUUGCGGAGCUUGUGGAAGGUAUUUUUGCUUCGAAAGAGUGGUACGAAGAUUGGAGGAGGCCAUUGAGGUAGAAAGUGGGUUGGACAUGCAUGGCUUAUUAUCAGGAGGAGGAGGAAGACGACAAAUCUUACUAGAAGGAGACCGCCAGGAAAUUAUAGAUAGCAACCUUGAUAACUCCAAGCUUUCUAAACUGGCAUUACAAGCUUCUCAACGCUUAUCUUGCAAACAGUGUUGCAAAAUCUCAUGGCCAUGAGAGCCUGAAAAUAAUAUAUUAUCAUCAUCAUCAUCAUCAUCAUCAGAGAGAGAGAGAGAGAGAGAGAGAGAGAGCAAUUGAGACAGCUUCUAUUAAUCUCUAUAAAGGGGAAGAACCUUUGUGGUUUUCCACUUGGGUAUGUUGAAUUAAUAAACUUUUUCCAAAGCAGUAUGUUGAAUUAA